AUGAGCUUCAAGAUCUUGGUGGACAAUGUUGAGCGGCCGGAGCUAUGUCGGCCCCACUUGCUGCGAGGAGACUGCAGGUACGGUUACAAUUGCCGCUACCAGCACGUCACGCCGCUCCGCUGGUUGUCUGGAUGGGCGGUGCCCUUGGUGAGCAACGGCAGCCGCGUUCCAUUCGUGGAGACGCUGGAGACCGGCAAGUUCUUUCAUCUCUUGGAUUCAGCUCCAUCGGCCACCGCGCGACAUGCCUUGCUUCAGACCGUGGCCUUUGUGCUGCACAAAGGUGAAGUGGUUUGGUGUCGCCAUGUAGGGAAGACCGCAGCUCAGCAGUUGUGGGAUUCCUUCCUGUCGCUGCGUGCACUUUCUGGAAACGGGGCCCACCUACCCUCCACCAAUGCAGCAGAGUUGAUGAUGGAUUGGCCUGGAACUGUUUGGGAACGUGUGCUUCAGCAGCUGCAAGAUCCAUGUAUCAUCUCAGGAACAGCGGUGGCGAUUCUUUGCAGCUGUCGCAGCAUGUACAAAUCAAGCACAUUGGGUGAGAAGAAGUUGUGGCAGAUGUUGGCCAACUCUGCCACUGAUUGGCCCAGCCUUCCAGCGGAGGAGGAACCAUUGCAGGGCUUCACCAAACUGGCACAGCACGUGAAGCUUUAUCGGCUCUGUUGGGCUGCGAUGCUCGACACACCCGGGUCUCCCAAGACUGAAGCAAGGCGUUUCCACGGCACGCUGCACGUGGAGGUGGGCUUCGAGGUCACGGCGCUCCGCGGCAACGCGCAGCUCACCGUGGCGGCCUCGCGGCGAAGCAACGAGCUGCGACUCUUUCAGAGCCGCGGCUUGGGUCGCCUCCCCACACUUCGUUUGGAUCGUCGCGUGGACGCCUUGGAUUUGGUCUCGGAGAACGAUGUCUUGGUGGCAGGCAGUGUGGAUGGGCAGUUAUCAAUCCAUGCCCUGAGUGAUCCCAAGACGUCGACCCGGCUGACGCGAUACAAAGCGCAGGCAGCACGUGAGACGACCGGAAGUCACUUAUUUGCAGGGCUGCACUUUCUCCCUGGCUCAGGUGGAACACAGGUCUUGGCAGCUGCCCGCAGUCAGAAGUGCGCACAGCUCUUGGAUGUGACCACUGCUGACAUCGUGGUGGACUCUGAACGUUUGGGCCAUUCUGGACUGGUUGCAUGCGAAGUCUUAGACCAUCAAUCCUCGUUAUUGGUGAGCGCAGAUGGACUGGUACGACUCUGGGACCUCCGUAGCCCGUCUCUGCUGAAAGUGGCAGACCUGCCAGAGGGCAGCAGCGAUGAGUCCCAGAUGGUGGUCAGUGUCAAUGUGGGUGCUCCCUUCGGCUGCGCUGUGUUGAGCGGUCGCGCCCUGCGCUGGGCGGAUUUGCGCGCCAUGCAGAUGACCGAGGUGCGCCCUGCAACACUUUGGCCGGGCAUUUUCACCCAGGGUGCCUGUCCAGCGCGUUUGGUGAUGGCUCGUCAUGGCCUAGUGGCAGCCUGGUAUGAUGGACCGUCUUCUCCGAUUGGUUGCUGGUUCGCAGGAGGCCCAGCCUUGGUUCCCAUCAACGCGGACCAUGGCAAUACCGCCGUCUCGGCUGCAUCGAUUUCUCUCGGUGGAGGUACACCUUCUUUUGCUGUGGCACUUGCAAGGCCGAGUCGGCGCAGGAGGAGGCUUGUGUAUGAGGUGUGCGCAGCAGCACUUUAG